AUGGGUAAGGCUACAUCUUCUGGUUCUGGUUCUGGUUCCGCCUCCGCUUCCGAUGGUCGUUCUUCCGCUGCUGCCGUUAUGCGUCGUGGAUUCUGUGACUGUGGAGAAAGGGUUCUUUACUUGACCUCCCACAGUGACGCGAACCCAGGAAGGAAGUUCUGGAGGUGCAUAAAUUGGAAGUCACCACCUGAGUGUGGGUUUUUUUUGUGGGAUGAUGAAUAUGCGUUUGAAGGAGCAAAUACCAGAGCUGUAGUUGAACUGACCAGAACAUUGCGUGAAUUGGAUGUGAUGAAGAAUAAACUGGAAGAGAGCAAGAAGACCUUGGAGGAGUGUAAGAUGAACUUAGAGGAUUUGAGGAGGAAGAAUGAUAAGGUUCAGAGGAAGCUUGAGUAUGAAAUGAUGAAGAAGAAUAUGGCUAUUGUUUGUGUUAUUCUGUCAUGGUUUUGGUUUGUGUUUAUGUCAGGAAAACUUAAUGUUGCUGUGUAG